AUGCCACCUCAAGUGGUGGCGGCUGCUCCCACUGGUGUCCGAGUAGCGGUGCCCUCAGGGCAGCCCUGUACAUCACGGGUGUACGCGGGACCAGCGCAGGCCUUUCCCCCACGCAGGGACAAAGACGGCGCCGGUUCCCACCGCCCGCCGGGCCAGCCCUGCGGCAGGCGCUGCGCCUCAGCCCGCCCCUGCGGCCCGCUCGGCGCGGCAGCACCGACCCUCCUCCAGGCCCAGCCCCCGCCCCGGCCCCGGCCCCGGCCCCGACCCCGGCCCGUCCGGGCCCGCCCGCCCCGGGCGGCACCUGUGCGGCCGGACGGCGCGGCGCCUGCGCACUGGGCGGGCGGUCGCCGCCAGGGCCGCAGUCACUUCCUGCCCCCGUGCCCAUCCGGCUCCGGGGUCAGCGGUCGUCGCUGUGGCGGGACAGCGGCGAGUAGGGCCGGCCCGCCGCUCCCGCCGCGCCCGCUCCAUCCCGCCCGGCGCCGCUGUCACCUGCGGCCGCGCGCCUCUCCCGCGUGGGCUCGCGUGGCGGGCGCGCCCGACUCCGGCUGCGGCACCGCCCGGGAGAGACCGGGAGAGAUCGGGAGAGCCCAGCCCGGCCCGGCCCGGCCCGGGGCCGCCGCCGCCGCUGGGGCUGCCGGGGCGCGGCUGUGCUCCCGCGGGAGCGAGGGACCCCCUCCCGGCGGCGGGGCUGCGGGACGAGCCUGCGAGGUGGGAAUGGGGCGCGGCGGGAGCUGCCCGCGGAGGGGCCGCGGGGCCGGGCCGGGCUCGGGGCAGGGCGGCGGCCGGGGGCUCUCCCGGGGCCGGGCGCAGGUGGGAGCGGGGCCGAACUUGGCGCGGUCGUUGCAGAGGGCGGUGUGGGACCUGCCGAUAACAAUGGGAACUUUUCCUGCGCCGAGGGUGCCGCUGCCUCCGGCCUGCCCGGCCCCGCCGCCGCAGGGUGUGGGUGUGCGGGGUUAG